CACGUACUAAAGGCCGUUUUUUUUUCUACUGAUGAUAAGAAGGAACUCCUCAUAUUUAAACCCUCAGUUUCUUUAGCCACUCCAAGUUGCCGCUGAGGAAAAUGAAGGCAAUUUUUGUCUGUUGUUUGUUUUCUGCUCUCUCGGUAUUGUCCCUAGGUGCGGACACGCCCUGCACCAGUGGCGGGGGAACGUGCCAGGAGGACAGCCUGUCCUGCUCGGGUCACUACCAGUCCGGCCUGUGCUCGGGGUCAGCCAGCCGCCGCUGUUGUCUGCCUGCCACAUCCAGUACUUCGCUAGACUGCGCUGGUUUUAGCAACUGCCACCACGCCAGGGGUACCGCCUAUUACCCGGACAGCAGUGCUCUUGAGGGUGGCUACGUGGACAUGCGCGGUGCUGCCCUCCACACCCUUCAGGACUACCUGGAAGGAAAGGCGUCCUACGUCAGCGUUGCUAUGGACAACAGGGCCGGCAUAGCCUAUGGAACUCGGCUCUGUAUUCGAGAAAUGAACCACAAGUACAACAGGGUCAUCCCCUUUGCGGUCGUUGACACAGGGGGCGCGUUCACAGGUCAAGGCUACUCCAGAAUCGACAUCUGUGUGCGAAGUGCUUCGUACUCCUACGAUGCCACUAUCAACGGCGGCCUCACACUUUGCUUCCAUUAGAUGAGAAAUGUCAAACUUCGAUGACUUCAAUUCUUGUGGACAUCUUUGUCUAACACCAGAACCUUCAGAUGCGACUGUGGUCGUCCUUGUAUGACUGCAGGCUCUCUGUCUGUGGAUGACACACGACUGCGGGUCUCUUAACAGAUGAAAUUAAAAAUAAAAUAUUUUAAGAAUGUU